AUGGCCGAAGACAGACAACCCGCCGACAUCGUGGAGGGCGCUACCUCGGGCGACGUCGAAGACGAGGUCCAAUCAACCGCCAAGUCGGCCGAGGACCGCAAGGCGGCUGCGGCCCUCUCGAAGCUCGACGCACGCGGCGAUGACGAGGCUGCCCCGGGCCGGGAGGUCGACCAGGAGGCCGUCAAGAAUGCCAUGAAUGCGCUAGGCGGCAGCACGGACAAGAAGGAGACCAAGAAGGUCAAGGUGGACGCGGCGGAUGUGACCUUGCUGGUCGAGGAGCUCGAGCUGCCCAAGGCUAAGGUUACCGAACUGCUCAAGGCGCACGACGGGGACGCGGUCAAGGCGAUGAAGGCCUACAUCCAACCGGGCUUCUAA